AUGGUAAUCUCAUACUUGUUCUUGUUUGUGGCUUUCAUCAUUGACCUUGGAGAUGCCCAAAAUGGGUGUACUGAAACACGUUGUGGAGGUCAUGGCCCACCCAUCCGAUUUCCCUUCCGACUUAACAGUCAGCCACACUACUGUGGAUAUUCUGGGUUUAAUCUCUCCUGCACCGACACAAAUGAUACAGUGCUCGUGCUGCCCGUUUCAGUGAAGCUCUUUGUCAAAGAGAUUAACUACAAAUCUCAAGUAAUUCAAUUAUAUGAUCCACUUCAUUGCUUCCCAAGGCCGCAGCUUCAGUGGCUCAAUUUGCCUAAUUCCUCUCCUUUCCAAUUUGAAGCACAUUAUUACCUUUCCAACUAUACCUUAUUCAAUUGUUCCCAAAGAUCAGAAGAAAUGCAGUACCCUCGGAUCCCUUGCCUUAGUGGCCCUACCUACCAAGUUUAUCCUGCGACUUACAUCAGGGCGUCCCUCAUAUCUUGUACAAAGAUGUAUAAUCUUUUAUCAGUUCCAAAUGUAGAUGUAGAUAAAUUUGUUGAAUUGAGUUGGUCCAUUCCAGACUGCAAAUACUGUGAAGUGAAAGGCAAGACAUGUGGGAAGAGUAAUAACAGUGGAUCAGGAACUCGGUGCAUUUCUACACAUACUAAAGGUGCUGUAUCUAAGUUAGAGAUUCCUGGUGUCAUCUUAGGUCCAUUUCUGAUACUGCUCUCUAUCUUUGCUCUCUAUCGUUUCUAUACUUAUGAUAAAGUUGAAAAAGAACAUCAAGCAAAGAUCAAAAAGUUUUUGGAGGAUUACAGAAAUUUCAAACCCACGAGAUACUCGUAUGCCGAUGUUAAAAGGAUUACAAAUCAAUUUACUGAGAAGUUAGGUGAAGGAGCAUAUGGGACAGUGUUCAAAGGAAAGCUUUCCAAUGAAAUUUAUGUUGCAGUGAAGAUUCUGAAAACAUCAAUGGGAAAUGGGGAAGAAUUCAUAAAUGAAGUAGGAACAAUGGCUAAGAUCCAUCAUGUUAACGUGGUUCGCUUGGUUGGCUUUUGUGCUGAUGGAUUUAGAAGAGCUAUAGUUUAUGAGUUCUUACCAAAUGAUUCACUAGACAAGUUUAUAUCUUCAACGGCUGUCAAGAACCUUAUUCUUAAUUGGGAUAAAAUGCAAGAUAUUGCUUUUGGCGUAGCAAAAGGAAUUGAAUAUCUUCACCAAGGAUGUGACCAACGAAUCCUCCAUUUUGACAUCAAACCUCACAAUGUUUUACUAGAUCAAAACUUCAAUCCAAAAAUUUCUGAUUUUGGUCUUGCCAAGUUGUGUUCAAAGGAUCAAAGUGCAGUUUCUAUGACCACAGCUAGGGGGACUAUAGGUUACAUUGCACCUGAAGUGUUCUCCAGAAAUUUUGGAAAUGUAUCUGCAAAAGCAGAUGUUUAUAGCUUUGGAAUAUUGUUGCUUGAAAUAGUUGGAGGGAGGAAAAAUGUUGAUGUUACAGUUGAGAAUACUAGCCAAGUCUACUUUCCAGAAUGGAUCUACAAUGUCUUGGAACAAAAAGAAGAUAUACGAAUCUUUGUUGAGGAUGGUGGAGAUUCUAAAAUUGCAAAGAAACUUGCAAUUGUAGGACUAUGGUGCAUCCAAUGGCACCCUGUUGAUCGUCCUUCCAUAAAAACUGUCGUUCAAAUGUUGGAAAGAGAGGAAGAUAAAUUAACUAUACCUCCUAAUCCCUUUGUCGCUACAAGCCCCAUAAAAAUUAGUGCAAAUAUUCCCACAAAACGUGUAAACCAUGAGUUGGAGAUGAUUCCACAUCUGUGGAAGACUUUGAAAAAUAAGUCAUCAUUUGUCCUUUAG